AUCGUGAAGUAUUCUUAGUGUUUUUAUGAAAAAUAGCAUGCUCCGUCACAGCGGACAAAUAUUUCGAUACCAGCCUGUGAAUAAGGGAAAUGAAGGCUGACAUAACGAUGAAGAUGGUAAUGACCGUAUACCUACACAAAUAUUAUUGACAAAACAAGAAUGGAAUUUAAGGCAGUGAUAACCAGCGGUGUUUCUUUGGCAAUCUUGCUUUCGUACAUAUACAUAAUUACCAGCAUUGACAAAUAUGGAAGUGAAGACCUUCCAGCUUUUACAAAGCCAAUAGAAAGCAAACAGAUUCAUGAUAGAAGAAUAAAAAAUUCUGAAGAACGUUAUAAGAACACAUUGGAUAAUAAGAACCAAUGGAGUAUUCCACAACAAAGGCAGAAGAGCAAUACAGCACUAACGACUACACACAGAGGAGUUUUUUAUCUAAAAGUUAACAAAGCAGGGAGCUGCACACUUCAAGCAAUGUUUAAUAAAUAUGCUGAUAAACACAACCAAAUUGUUGGAAUGCCAUGUAGUAAUUCUGUUGGUGAGAGACACUUAGUGGGAUGGCCUGAACCAUUCAAACCAGAACAUUUAAUCCCUCUGAGCAAGAACUACACAUAUUGGGAACAUCUAAAUGAGCAUAUAAAAUACAGUUCAAAAAUCAAACAAGUUAUGGCCCCAGGGAGUGUAUUUGUCGCAUCAAUCCGGGAACCAUUUUCACAUUUCUUUUCAUAUUAUAACUUUUACAGCAUGGAGAAAACCUAUAAAGGAUAUCUCAAAGAGCCUAAUAAAUUCAAAUAUUUUUUAGAUAACAUUAAAACUAUGCCGCACCUUGAACUGAUCCAUCACAUGCCUCCUAGUAACCCAAUUGCACAAUGUUUUGGAAUCAAACAGGAGGAACAAUAUAACAUCACAGUAAUACAAGAAAAAAUCAAUGAAAUUGAGAUGGAGUUUGACUUAGUGAUAUUAGCUGAGUUUAUGGAUGAGAGUCUCAUUUUGUUGACUGAAUGCUCAGAUUUAACAAUCGAAGAUGUAGUCAUCUUAAAAAAUGCAAAUGUGAAGAACAUUAAAAAAUCCAAGCCAGUUUUAACUCCUAAAGAAUAUGAGAACUUAAUCCAAUGGAACAUAGCUGACUCAAUGAUAUACAAUCAUUUCAACAAAACUCUAUGGGAAAAGAUUGACAAGUUUGGUCGUCACAAAAUGGCUAUAAAAAUCUUAGAACUCGAUAUGGCUAAAUCAAUAAAGCAGAAAGAAUGUGACUCUGUGCAGAGAAAACCUAAUUUGAAAAGAAUAGAAGAUUUGAAAAUAAAACAUGACUGUAUGAUCCAAAACCUAGAUUAUAUAGGUGCUGAUAAAUAUUUCAGGAAUAAGAUGACUGAGAAAGGAAUCUAUGAUAUUGAAAAGGCUCAAAAAACCUGUAAAUAUCCUCCAAAUAAACAUGGGCAGUAA